CAUUGUUAUAAUUUUGUAUAAAAACUGCAAAUAUGGAUUAUAUUAUAUGUAAAGGAUGUUAUAGUAUUUUUUUUUUUGAUUUUAUGUAAUAUAUUAAUUUGGAAGAAAGGGUCAAUGUGCCCCCGAAUUUGUUAGCCGGUGUCAUUUAAUCCAGUUUUUACUUUUUUUGGCAACUAACCUCAAAACCCUUUAUUUUUUAGUCGGAUAAUCUUAUAAUUGUAUUUUUAAAACGCGUGAAAUACAAAUAGAUGGUGAAGGAUGCGAAAAAUAAAUUAGAAAGUUCACUAAUUGUUGCAAUAAAAUUAUCCUAAACCUAUUUUUGCAAUAAAAAUAUAAAUUAUGGGUAUGAGAUUAUCUGACCAAAAAAUGAAGAAUUUUUGGAUUAGUUGCUAAAAAAAAUAAAAAUUGAAUUAAAUGCUUUAUGUCAUAAAAUUAGGGGGCGCUUUGAUCCUUUAUUCUAUUAAUUUGUAUUUUCAUUUUUUUUUCUUUUCUUUUUUUACAAAAAAAGACAGAAAUAAAAUAGGCGCCAUAUCGACAUUGAUGAGUGAUCUGGUGAAAGAAAAUGAAAAACAAAAACCGUUAAAAACCGUCACCUUCUUCUUCACGCCCCCAACGAUCAAAGCAAUUCCAGAUUCUCUCUCUUUUCCGACAAACAUAAACUCGCCAAACAAAAACAUUUCAAAAAUCGAACAAAUCCUUAACCUGUCGGUUUGCUCCAUUUUUGCGUGUUCGUUUAUUUCAAGAAUCUACAACCUUAAACAAGCAAUUUAAUUAUAAGAAUGAGUCUUGUGGGUCUGGCCAUCGACGUGGACGAUAAUUUUCCGAACAAACUUUCCGUCGGUCUUCAACGGCGGUCGAGUUCUUUGCCGUCAAUGUCCCAUCUUACAUUAGUGGAUAGUAUUUCAUAUUGUAUGCUACCUGAAGAGCCUCUUAAACUCUCCAUUCUUAAAUUGGAUGGCUCCACUUUCGAUAUUGAUGUUAAGAAAACGGCCACCGUAGCGGAUCUUAAAGAGGCGGUUGAGAUUGUAUUCAGUCAUAUGCCUCAAAAAGGUCCAGACAAAAUUUCAUGGCCGCAUGUUUGGAGCCAUUUUUGCUUGAUGUUUGAAGGUCAGAAGUUAGUUACCGAAACUGACAGCAUCAGAUAUUAUGGCAUCAGAGAUGGUGAUCAGCUUCAAUUUGUUCGGCACAUCUCAACGAGUUAUAAUCUCAGAAAGAAAAGAUCAUCGAAACACAUUGCUGCUUCAGAACAUCACAGAAUUUCUCUAUCGAGUCGCUAUAUCUACGAAGAGAGAGAUCAUGACAACAAGGACGAUGAUGAUCAUUGUGAUAUGGAGACUGGAGUUUCCAAUGAAAACAAUGACAUAGAUGACAUUUUUAAACACAAAGAUUCGAGGUGGGCUGGAUUCGUUCAACGAUUGUUCCCAUACUCGAGAUUGCCCACCUCAGAAAGAAAUUCAAAAGGUUCUUCCCCAUCUAGAUCUACAUGUAGUUUGUUGGGCAAUUUUAAAAAGGUGAUACAGUUUUGUGGUGAUAGAGAUAGUCAUUAUUCUCAAAAGAAUGAAUGGAGAGGGGACUAAGUUAUGGAUCAUCUUUUCAUAUGUAUCUUUUGGUAAUGUUGCUUCAUUUGGAUAUAUUAAAUGUUUACAUUUUAGAUGAUAUGAUCCAAGUCUCUCCCAUCUAUUGCCCAGGCCAUGUUCAUGUUAAAAUUUUGACUAUAAAUGGCAAAACGCAUAUUUGGAUCCAUGUAUUUAUAAACUUUUUGAUACUGUAUUCGUCAAUAUUGAAUUCUUACACUUUUGAUUUUGUA